GCACUUCUCUUCUCCGGGUUUAUCCUAGUCUCGCUAUUAAAUAUGAUCCAAGAUUCUUAAAUUCAUAUACGGAUCAAUUAAUAGAAACAGCCAAGCAUCGGUUGCAAACAUUUUUGAAAGAUGAAAAACAUCUUUCACCUAAUGUUAAAUUCCAAAUUCCCGAGGAUGAAGGAAUUAAUUCAAUAUUAACGUUAUCGAGUAUCCAGAUUGAAAUAACUAAUAAUAACCAAAGAGAUCAGGAUGAUUUCGAGAUAGUUAUUGAUUGGACUUAUAAUAAUGAGAUGAGGGAAGGAAUUUCGUUGGGAACAGAUGAAUCAUAUGAAUUGAUAAUACCAGAUAAGAAAGAAGAUGAUAAAACAGAACUAAUGGCACAUUUGAAGGCACCGACAGUUUAUGGAAUUUUACAUGGUCUUAACACAUUUUCACAAUUAUUAUAUUACAGCCGAUCAGAGGACAAUUCAGGAUUAUUUCUUCCAUUUGCACCUCAUCAUAUAAUUGACUUUCCAAAAUUAAUGCACCGUGGCCUCUUACUCGAUACUUCACGGAACUUUUAUCCAAUUAAAGAAAUUCUUAAAACUUUAGAUGUGAUGAGUUGGAAUAAAAUGAAUGUAUUUCAUUGGCAUAUUGUGGAUGCUACUAGUUGGCCAGUGGUUAGCGAAAAGUACCCAGAGUUAAGUGAGAAAGGAGCAUAUGACUCUAAGAAAAUGAUUUAUACAAAACGAGAUAUCAGGAUUGUUGAUGAAUAUGCUAGGGCGUAUUCUAGUGAACCACCAAGUGGCCAAUUAAACCCAGCUAUACCCGAAACCUAUACGUUUCUUAAUGAAUUGAUUCCUGAGAUAGCAUCUUAUUUUACUGACAAAUUCUAUCACGCUGGUGGUGAUGAAGUAAACUUGAACUGUUGGGAAUCACUUGUUCAACAGAAUGAACAUACCAAAGAAUCCUUGUUAAAUAAAUUUGUGACCAGUCUCUAUUCAAUAAUUACAAAGGAAGGGAAAACACCAAUAACGUGGCAAGAAAUGAUAACGGAGCAUAAUUUAGAGUUACCGAAGGAUACAGUGGUCCAGGUAUGGAGGAAUAGUACAAUGGUGAAGGAGGUAGUGGAGAAAGGGUAUAGAGUUGUGACUGGCAGUGGAGAUUACUGGUAUUUGGAUUGUGGAUAUGGUGGAUGGUAUGGUAAUAAUGUUGAGGGGAUAA